GCGGGAUAUUCCGUAAGGUACCACUCCCUCAGUUUGUGGAGGCAGGGGACUUGGUGCCUCAGGCGUGAACACAGGUCAGUGCUAGCUCCGAUCCCCCCGCCAGCUGCCAACCGGGCCGCCCUUGUUGCUGCGCUGCUGCAGGCAGCUCCAGCCUCCGUCAGCCUGGUCAGCCUGCCGUGCGCUAGGCAAACCGUAGCAACGCGUCAAUCGCUGGGGAACUUGGGAGCUCCCCGUCCAACAACGUCCGACAACGACGAAGCUCCGCAGCUUGUUCAACACCAUUCCUUCUCCAACCUAACCACGACAGCAAGAAUUGUGUGAACUCGAGCGGCGUUGACGAACUUCGGCCUACCGUGAUACCAACACAUCUCCAUCUACUUCCCGCCUGUCAAGAUGGCGGGCAACGCUGGCUAUGACAGACACAUCACCAUCUUUUCGGAGCAGGGAAGGCUGUUCCAAGUUGAAUAUGCCUUCAAGGCGAUCACAGCGGCCAACAUCAUGUCGAUUGGUGUCCGGGGCAAGGACUGCGCCGUGGUUCUAUCGCAGAAAAAGGUCCCUGAUAAACUCAUCGACCCGUCGUCCGUUUCGCACAUCUUCCAGAUCUCGCCGUCCGUCGGCUGCGUCAUGACGGGCUCCAUCGCCGAUGCGCGGGCCUUCUCGCAGCGCGCUCAGUCCGAAGCGGCCGAGUUCAAGUACAAGUUUGGCUAUGAGAUGCCAUGCGACGCGCUGGCCAAGCGGCUUGCCAACAUCAGCCAAGUCUACACUCAGCGGGCCUACAUGCGGCCGUACGGUGUUGCCACGACGCUGAUAUCCCUCGACUCGGAAUUUGGACCCCAGCUGUUCAAAUGCGAUCCCGCCGGUUACUACAUCGGGUACAAGGGAACCGCGGCGGGGCCGAAGCAGCAAGAGGCGCUCAACCAGCUGGAAAAGAAGCUCAAGAACAAGGACUGCGCGCCGGGCGACUGGAAGGAAGUUGUGGAGCUGGCCAUCACCACCCUCAGCUCCGUCCUCAGCAUGGACUUCAAGAAGAACGAAAUCGAAAUUGGCAUUGUGGGGGGCCCACGUCCCGACGGCAAGGAAGGGACUUAUCCGGGAUUCAGGACGCUGACCGAGGAUGAGAUCGAGGAGAGGUUACAGGCGAUCGCAGAAAAGGACUGAGGCCGCAAGGCGGAAUACGGUCGAAGCGGCGGCUGAGGAGGGUUGUGUGGCUAGCCUGCUGAAGGGAAGGCCCGUUUCCUCCCACUGUCGAAGCCAAUCAUGGGGUUUUCGCGGGAUAGGCAGUGAAUGCAGCAUAUGGUGAGGUCGAUAUUCCCCUGAAUACCACGUUCUUACCUCCUCCUGCAGCCAUGCCCUCCGCAUGCGGCAUGCGGGAGUGGGCGCCCCGAAAUAGAACUGCUUGCCACUUGAAGCCCUCGGGCACUGCUGAAUGCUGUGGAA